AUGACCCCUGCACUCCUGCGAACACAGCGCUGCCUUGAUGACCCAGCGUCCUGCCCACUCUGGUCCUGGGGCCUGGGGGCGGGCACUGUCUGGAUGCUGCGCACCAGGCCCAAUCUGCGUUCUGUCCAUAAAUUCGCGCAGAAACAUGAAUGGAUAACAGCAGAAAAUGGUAUUGGAGCAGUGGGAACCAGCAACUUUGCACAGGAAGCUUUUAGAGAUGUUGUUUACUGUAGUCAGUCUGAAAUUGGGAUGAAAUUGAACAAACAAGAUGAGUUUGGUGCUUUGAAAAGUGUGAAAGCCGCUAGUGAACUCUAUUUUCCUCUAUCAGGAGUAGUAACUGAUCAAGUGUUUCCAGUAAAUCCAGGACUUGUCCACAAGUCUUGUUACAAAGAUGCUUGGUCGACACCGGGUAGAUGA